GAAUUAUGUCCUGAACCUAUACUAUACCACCACUGAGGGGGUAUUUGUCUAUGUGGGUAUGAAAUGUCCAACCAGUACUGGAGAACCAUCAGAAACUCCUCCCCCCACAACCACUAAACACUCCUGCAAGGUCUCGCACAUGGCCAUAGAGCUGCCUGGGUCUGCAACAGAACUUAAAAUAAUAGAUAAUGCCAAAAAGCUGGUCCCUGUUAGUGAGGCUCGGAGUUGGUGUGGAUACAGUUUGGUGCAGGAAAAGGGAAAGUAUAUCUUCACGGCUCCUUACACGGCCUGUAUCAAGAUGCUGAAUAAAUAUGUCCUGACUUUAAUAUACAUAACAUCUAAUGGGGAACAAGAGUUGGUCCAGAUGGAAUGCCCAGCUAGUGCUGGAGAUCCAACAGAGGCCACUACUUCAACAACUAGGAAGCCAACCAAGGCCCCUGCAACUGUGGUCUGCACAGCUUUCCGUAUGGUGGUGGAACUACCCAAGGAACCUCUAAAACAUGUCAUGUUUCUAGAUAAAUCCAACAAGUGGGUAGCUGUCACUGAUGCUCCCAAGUACUGCAAUUACACCUUGUUGCAGGGAAAUGGAAGGACCUUCUUCAUAACCCCAUACACAGCCUGUGAUGUCAGGAUACUGAUCAAUCUAAUAGUCUGGUUCCUGUUAAAGAUGCCCCUAAGUACUGCAACUAUAGUCUGGUAGAGGGUGAAGGACGGAACAUUUUCGAAACCCCCUACACAACCUGUAAUGUUAAAAUACUGAAAAAGAAUUAUGCCCUGACCCUACACUAUACCACCACUGAGGGGGUAUUUGGAUAUGUGGGCAUGAAAUGUCCAACCAGCGCAGCCCUACCAACAGGCUCACCGCGCCCUCCCUUUGGGGUUUCUGUCCUCUGCAGUGAUACUUGCAUGACAGUGGAGCUUCCUGAGGGACUUCUAGAAGAUGUUCAAUUAAUGGAUGAAUCCAGUAACUUGGUAGCUGUUUCCAGUGCUCCCAAGACUUGUGGCUACAAUUUGGUGAGGGAAAAUGGCAAGAACAUCUUGACUGCUCCUUACAAGGCCUGUAAUGUCAAGAUACUGAACAACUUCUAUAUCCUGAAAGUGAUUUACACAAGUCUUACUGGGGAGCGAGGAGAUAUAGAGGCUAAGUGUCCUGUUCCUGGUCUAGUACCACGUGAGGGGUGCAAGCUACCAAUAAAUCAGCAGGUUGCUUGUGGUCCACCAAAUGUUGAUCCACAGCUGUGUGUGGCCAAUGGAUGUUGUGUGGAUGCAAGAACUUCCCAGUGUUACUAUCCUAUGGAUGCAUGCACAGCAGAUGGGCAUUUUGUAUUUGCAGUUUACCGCACCUCGGCCAAGCCAGAUAUAGAUCCUGGUAGUCUAGUAAUUGCUGGAAACCAAUCCUGUGCCCCUGUAAUCUGCACUCCAGACUUUGCUAUCUUCAAAUUCCCAGUGACUGACUGUGGGACACAUGUCUUUAUGGUGGCAGAGACUACAGUCUAUCUUGCUGAAGUUCAUGGCUUGGUUCAAGGGACCGGGCAGGUGUUUGGAGAAAUUACCAGAGACAACUCUUACCGUUUCCAGGUGGAAUGUCGCUAUUCUAAAGGAAACUUGGCCAGCACUGGUUACUUGGUGGUGAACCCACCGCCUCCAUCAGCAGCCUUGGCUUUUGGAUCCCUUGGGGUUAGGUUAAGAAUUGCCACAGAUGCCAGCUACACAACUUUCCACCCAUUGUCCCAUUUGCCAAUCAGAUUCUUGCUUGGAAGCAAGGUGCAUCUGGAAGUGCAGCUUGUAAACCCCCCUGAACCCAAUGUAGUUCUGCUGGUCCACUACUGCAUCGCCUAUCCCCAGCCUUCUCAAGCUGCCUGGGUGAUCCUCUAUGAAGGUUGCCCCAGCAUCCUGGAUUAUAGCAGUGCUGCUGGCCUCCAUGUCAAAUACAAUAACAUGCCUGUAUCCAAGCACACUCGACGCUUUGAAAUAGAAAUCUUCCAGUUCCUGGACUACAAGACCAAGCAGCGUUUGGAUGAGGAAGUGAGAAUCUUUUAUAGUGGUCCAAUCAUACUCAAGCUUGCCUCCAAAUGCCUAGUCCAUUAAUGGUAUAUUCUAGACAUGCAGAUCUACAGCUGCUCUAACUCCAUUUA